AUGCCCUCAUUAACAUACGUCGAUCAGGCUGAUCCCGGAGAAGACGGUUGGUUCACCCAGCACAAGAUCUCUGAUCUGAUAUCUUUGUUGCUGGAGUCGCAAGAUGCCAGCGACGCUUUGCGACGAGUCAACCGCCUCAUCCAGCUCCUCCUACUGUCCAACCAUAUUGAUAAAGCUUACACACUCAUCUGCGCCUUGUAUGAAUAUCACAGUCUUACAUCGAGCAACCAAAAUGCCUUUCAACUAAGCAGUCGGCCUUUCGAUAAUUUCUGGGAGGCCCAUUCUGAAUAUAAUAAUCCUUUUCGUGGCCAUCACGAGAGUUCAGACGUGGCUUUUGGUCGGAAAGAAAGGCUCGAAAGACAGCAAUGGUAUGAGUAUCGAGAAUGUACCCGCACUGGCUGGAUGCUUGAGCAUUGCAACCUAUCAGAGCCGGAGAAUGUACAUAUAUGGCGCGAGACUGAUGACGAACCAACGAUUGCAAUGUGUGCGCGACUACUGGCCAAGAGCAAGACGAUAGGCCAGUAUCCUACUCGAGAAAACAUGGAGGAAGCUCUCGCUGCAUCAAAGAAGCUCUAUGCACAGCCUCAAAUUCCUAUCACCGAGUGGGAACACAAACGGAACGGGCAUCACCCUGUUAGGAGGCAUUCUUACUUACUCUAUCGACGACUCGUGGUGGAGUUGGCGAUAAGACUUGAGGAAUUUGAUACUGCCGCCGAAGUUCUGUCCUUAGGCCUUCGGCUGGAUGGUUUCAAUGACAUUGAUGGGGGUCAAUUGGACCGGUAUUUAUUCCUCCCAGGAAUCUAUAAAGUAUCACCCCUUUUGGCUCAGAGUAAAAAGGAAGGGAAUCCAUUUUAUAUUGAGGCGGACGAAGCUGAUGAUAUGGUUGAACAAGUCAUAACGGCGUUGAAGAUGCGCGCCGAAAACGGCCGGCAAUGGUCACUCGCACCAGAAAGAGUUGGCUGGAAAGAGUUGCUUGACAGACUUGCCACAGCUGCAUGGAUAGUGAACCGCAAAGAGUAUCGAGAACUAGGCCUCACCUGUGCAGAAGAUAUUCUCUAUUCGCCAGCCACAGAGGAGGAGAUAUCAGAAGCUGAAGCUAAAGUUGGCGAGCUGCCAUCUGACUUUAAGGACAUGGUCCGUGUUGCAAACGGGUUUCAAGGAGGUUGGCAUUUUCUCAAUGGUGGUAUCAACGGUCUUGAUGACAUUGACCUCGCCGAUGAUGACGUCGAAAACUACACGUGGUUUCUUGGUGACCUAGACCAAGAUAUCUAUUCCAAAGUCAUUGCCCUUUCACCAGCAACCGAGUGUGACGGAUUCAUGCAUUUUAUGAUCUCACCAGCAUAUUGGCGAAAUCCAGAAGAUAGCAGUGGCGAGACUUUCAGUGACGGAGAAUAUCCGUACUGGCAAUGGGCUUCUUGGCAGGCCGGUGAAACUUCUUGGCACAGUUUUCGCGAAUGGGCAGCUACUGAGGUUGAGCAACUUGAGAAGAUGGUGAAAAAGGGAAAGACGCUUGAUAAUGAUAAUUAA